GUGUGUGCGUGCGUGCGUGUGUGUGUAUGUGUCUAAGCUUGUAUUUCUGUGUGUGUGUAUGCAUUCUAUGCAGUGCAGUGCGGUGCAGUGCGGUGCAGCGUGGUAAGGAUGACAUGGCAGACUGGUGGCUUUUUAGAGGUCAUCUGUUGGGAACCGGAUCACUUGUGGUGGCCAGGGAGAAAGGUCACCCUGUGGGAUCAGGUUUAACAGAGAGAGAGAGAGAGCAGCACAGGAACGCCUGAGUGGACAGCUGCUGCUGAUGCACUUCACUCCCAGAACCUCACUACCUGCGCCUUCGGACAGGAGAUGCCCCUGCCUGGUUCUGGGCUUCUGGAGUGUUGACUGGGCUGGGCUGGACUGGACCGUACCGUACCACAGCAGACAGACUGGACCAUUCCGGACUAGAUGGGACUCACUCACGCACCCCUGAGAAGUUGAACAGGUUGGCUCUCCGGCUCAACCAUUAUGGUGUGGUUCUCCAGCUGCCAGCAGCCCUCCCUCAAGCCUAAGAUGGAGCCUCGUGUGCGGGCUAGCGUCGUGAGGAGGGCCCCUGCCCCAGAUGGAGGUUACGGCUGGUUCGUGGUCCUCUCCACGUUCCUGGUGUGCGGCCUGUCAUUUGGCGUCAUCAAGUCCUUUGGCGUCUUCUUCGUGGAGAUCCAUCACUACUUCACUACCACGGCAACGGCAACCUCCUGGAUCACCUCCAUCACCGUGGCAACCAUUCACAUUGGAUCUCCGUUCGGGGCGGUGUUGAGUGAGUGCUGGAGCCACAGGGGGGUGGUGAUGCUGGGGGGGCUGCUCAGCAGUGUGGGGAUGGUGGCCGGGGCCUACGCAGACAACCUCAUCCACCUCUACAUCACCGUAGGCUUCCUCACAGGUCUGGGCUACGCCAUCACCUGGACCCCGGCGGUGACCAUGCUGGGCUGGUACUUCGACCGCCGGCGCCCCCUGGCGAACGCCCUGGCCAGCACGGGCGAGUGCGUCCUCACCUUCAUCCUAACGCCACUCUUCCAGCUGCUGGUAGACCACUUCACCUGGCGGGGGGCCAUGCUCAUCCUGGGGGGGCUGCAGCUCAACCUGUGUGUGUGCGGGGCCCUACUGAGGCCCCUGGGGAGGGGGGGUCCAGUCAGGUCAACACAACACCAGGAGGAGGAGGCGGAGGAGGAGGACCAUGAGAGAGACUGCUGUGAGGGGGACAGUGGCUAUAUCACACCACUCAAACCUCCACUUUGCCGCUACGUGGACUACACCCUGAUCACCAACGCCCACUUCAUGGUCUACUCCCUGUUCGGCGUCUUCGCGGCGUUUGGCUUCUUCGCGCCGGCGCUCUUCCUGGUGCCGUACGCGCGCAGCCGCGGCCUGGAGGAGUACGAGGCGGCCAUGUUGGUCUCGCUCUCGGCCGCGCUGGACAUGGCGGGCCGCGUCUUCUUCGGCUGGGUGGCCAACCUGCGCCUGGUGCCCAUCGUGCGCCAACUGGCCCUGUCUGUCACGCUGCUGGCCGCCACCCUGCUGCUGUGCCCGCUGGCCGACUCGUUCGGCUCGCUGGCGGCGUUCUGCGUGCUGUACGGCCUGGCGUACGGCGCCACCGUGUCCACGCACAUCACGGUGCUGGCGGAGGUGGUGGGGCCCGAGAGCCUGGGCAGCGCGCUGGGCUUCUUCAUGCUCCUGCGCAGCAGCGGAGGCCUACUGGGACCGCCCAUCGCAGGCUUCUUCAUUGACAAGAUGGGUGACUACGGCACUGGCUUCCUGAUGGCAGGCGUGGCCCUCUUAGUCUCCGCCCUCUUCCUGCUACUGCUGGACCAGAUGAGCAGGAGGGGGCGUGGCCUGAACAAGGACAGGAAGGGGAGUAACGUGCAUGACUGGGAGCAGGAAGUAGCAGAUGCUUGCAAAUUGCCAGAUGUCAUCUGUAAAGAAGACAAAAAAUCCCUGGAGGAAGACGUCUAGGGGAGACUGGGGGAAUGAUAUUGGCGUUUCUAUCCAACUUAUUACCACGCCCACCAACUCCGCCCAUUUCAACAGGAUUUUCAGCCUGCUGGUUCCUGUUAGGCUGCCCCAGGGGUGCGUUUCUCGAAAACGUAGUUGCUAACUAUGUCAGCUACUUUGUUGUUUACAAUGCAAUUUCCCAUUGACAACUAUCCAAGUUGCUAACUGGCUAACAGAUACGCUUUCGAGACGCACCCCUGAAUGUAGCACUAACAAUUGCUACCAAAAUAGCAAUGGUGCGGCCCUUAUAACUGUGGAUAAUACGGUGUAUACACACCAGAUUAGGUGACUGAAAGUCGGCAGAUAUUAUGUGUAAAGAAGAAUUUAAAAGCAACUAGAGAAUGGGCAGACCAUAUGAUUUCUGCCCAAUGUUGUACUGAAUUAUUUCGGGCAUAACAACAUCAGAGCAUCAGAAACAACCACGGCAUAACUGAGAGAAACAUUGUGAAACGUGAAUGAUAUACUGUAUGCAUUGGGAUACACAUGCUCAGUUUGUGCCUACGUGUGUAACUCAGUGACGUGAAACCAUAAGCCAUGAAGAGGAUGGACAUGCAGUAUGUCCAAUGAAAUAGGAAAUGAUAGAACCAGCACAAUCAAGAGAACUAAGAACUUUCCAAAUCGUGCAAAGAUGGACAACUAUGGAUAAGCUACGGUGCAUUUGCACAUGCUCACACUCACUUUGUCUUCACCUGCCUUGACCUGUGUCAGACAGUUCCUGCUCAAUGAAGCUUAUGGCCUGACCACAGUAAAACCUGUGACAAUUCAGUGGCAAGAAAAAAGAGAACUGAACCAUAUUUCUCUUGCUCUCUUUUACCAAAUGAUUCAAUCGGACAGAUCAAUUUAAGUCUUCAAUCACGUUUAGGGUCCGGGAGUAUGAAGAGGAUUUUAAGGGUUUUAUGCUUUUUUGAACCCUAACUCUGGAAUCACAAACAUACGCCGUAACAUGCGCACACAACCACACUAACUGACAACAAUCUUUCUAGUUUGCACUGAUAUAGGAAUUCAAUCAUUUGCUGAAAAUGACAAUCACUAUGAUCACUAUUGUACAGACUAGCUGUUGCACUUUGUAAUCAUUGUCCAUUCUGACUUGUGACAACUUUUUCAUAAAGUAUGUGAUUUGAGCCAGCCAUUUUCAGAAACAGUUGAUACUGAUAAUGAAAGCACAAAAUACCAGACAGGUAGACCAGUUAGUUGAGGAUAUCACCUUUGUUAAGAAGAUGCAGAAGAAAUACAUGGUUUUGUAGGCCUGCUCUAUUGCUGCCUGUGACGUAAUAUGACCUCACAAAUUUAUCACUCAGGUGUUCGCUUGUCUUAUAGAAAUUCAUUCUUCACCCCUCCAUAGUUUAUCAUAAUAUUUCCUGCAGCGUUAUCCGUGACUAAAGUGUCCUUGAGAUAAGCAUCUAAGCCCACUUUGCUGCAGAGACUGUUCACAGUAUCUUACGGCAAACAAUCACGUUGAAUGAAACCCUCUACUAAGUGUAAUGUAGUAUGCAAUAUUCAAUCCCUGCAUGGGAGACCUCACCAGAAGGCCUCACCCGCAUUGCCAAAGAUUUAGUUAGGCCUAGUACAUGGAUGUCAAACUCUGGCCCAGGGGCCAAAUCUUGCCCACGUGGAUAAUUUAUUUGGACCACUAGAUCAUUUCAAAUGUGUAUUGCAGUUACCCCACAUACACCACUAAAGUAGGCUACAGUAUAGGCCCUAACAUGACUUGAAAAUGAAAUGUGGUAUGUCAUAGGAAUAUACUGUAAGCGGCCAAUGUAACGGCUCCCACUCAUACAAGAGACUAUGUUUAGGCACACUUAAUCUACCAUGUGUGAGUGUGUGUUAAAUGCACACACAAUUUUAACCCAUUAAAGAAAUUUGAGUGUGGCCUUAUGUCAGGAAAUGGCUCCCUCUAGUGACUUAAGUCAAUAACGACAUCUAUCCACUCAACAAUUAAAUCUCUUCCUGUUUACUUUGCCAUUAUGAGUGCCAGGCUUUUGCUGUGUGUUGAUGCUGAUCCUUUUACAUGUAAUGACAUUCUGUAGUAUCACCAACUGUGAACAUUUUAACGUGAAACCAAUAAGCAGCUCGCUACAUCGAUGUGACUUGUGAAUGUUAUUCUCUGUUUAAUAAUUUAUUUGUUAAUAACGGCAACAUUUGUUAUUAGAAAAUAAAACUGUCAAGAGACCAAAGUGGAGUGUUACAUUACA